UAGUUUAGUUCCUUAGUUUUUCGUAUUUGUACAAUGCAAAGCACCGGCCAAAAGUCUUAUGGCAAGGAGGUGCUCAUAGGAAACUGGUCCGAGCGCCGCUAUGAGAUCGAGGAGAAGAGCAACGCGGUUGUGCCUGCGGUGCGAGCACUGGAGGGCUGCGAGCAGCAUCAGUCCGUCACCCAAGCCACCUACACGAAGGCACCCUUCACGGCCAUGGGCACAGUGAAGAAUUUCGCGGAUCAGCGUGGCAAGGCCUUUGCGAACUUUAAGAAGAAUGAAACGUCCAACAUGAGUUUGCUGGAUCACAUCUCCAUGAAUCGCAACUUCACCACCACCUCGACUCUGGCCUUUGAGGUGUUGCCGCAGCGCUUCCUCAAGCAAAAGCAGUCGGAGAGCGGCUACUGUGGGCCGCCGCAGCGCCAGCCCGAGAUCGAUAUGCUGCAAUCCUUUGGCAAUCUCACGCAGACCCACAACUAUCCCAAGCGCUUCAGGUGCGAGAAGCUGCUGGCACAUCUGAGCAGCGGGGCACAGACCACAUAUGGCGCCUCCUACAACCAAUCGCGAAAGAACAAGGCCAUCAUGGAGUUUGGCCCGGACUACGAUGGCGUUGUCCAGUUCGACUUGACGUGCUGAUAGCAGAGGAAGUAAAAUUACAAAUGUACUUCAAUUAGAUUAAAACUCUGGGCUGUCUAUAUUACAAGAUUCAA